AUGAGAAAACUGAUAGCCCUGCUGUGGCCCCUGCCUAUAGUGAGUGUGGCGCCAUCUGGCCUGCAGUGGCCGCUUAAGGAACAAGACACCGAGAAGGACACGGGCAAGGAUACGGAUGCGGACGCGAACGCGGCACCGCGACCAAUAGAUUUGGCCAAGCCCGAGCGAACUGAAGACAACGAAGGCUGCAGUCCCGCCAAAGGCAACAAACUCUUGCCACAUGCAACAGUCGCAGCUGCUGCGAUCGCAGAGACGCCGGCGGAGGCAGCGACCGAGGCAGCUGCUGGCGGAAAAAGAAAAACAGACAGAGCGGAAGCGAGCUCCGGCGACUUAUGGCCAUGUUUGUUGUACGGGUAA